AUGAACAUCUUCCGGUUGGCCGGGGACCUUAGUCAUGUGUUCGCGGUGAUAGUCCUCCUCCUCAAGAUCUACGCGACCAAGUCGUGCGCGGGCGUGUCGCUCAAGACCCAGGCCAUGUACGUGGCGGUUUUCUGCACCCGCUACCUGGACCUGUUCACGCACUUCGUGUCGCUGUACAACAGCGUCAUGAAGGUGGUCUUCCUCGGCUGCAGCGGAGCGACGGUGUACCUGAUGACCAAGCACAAGAAGAUCUCGCGGACGUACGACAAGGACCACGACUCGUUCAAAGUCGAGUUCCUCGCGGGACCCGCCGCGCUCCUCGCGCUGCUCUUCCACACGGACUGGAGCUUCGUUGAGAUUCUGUGGUCGUUCUCGAUCUGGCUGGAGGCGCUGGCGAUCCUGCCGCAGCUCGUGCUGCUGCAGCGCACGAAGAACAUCGACAACCUCACGGGGAACUACAUAUUCCUUCUAGGGUCCUACCGCGCACUGUACCUCCUCAACUGGAUCUACCGGUUCGCGACGGAGCGACGGUACUGGGACCCGAUCAGCUGGAUCGCGGGGCUCAUCCAGACGGGCAUAUACAGCGACUUCUUCUACUAUUAUUACUUGUCCUGGAAAGAGAACAAGAAACUCACCCUGCCCGCGUGA